GGGCGCCCCCAGCCGCACUUCCCGUCCCGUCCCUUCCCCGGUAUGAGGCCCCGGUGCGGCCGGCCGCUGUGACAGGAGUUCAGCGUCGUUGGUCCUGUUGGCUAGCUUGGCCGAAGCUGAUGGGAAGUUGCUGAAGUGUGGAUUGUUCUUAUUAGCUGCAGCCAUGGUACAGAAAUAUCAGUCUCCCGUGCGGGUGUAUAAACACCCUUUUGAGUUAAUUAUGGCUGCAUAUGAAAAAAGGUUCCCUACCUGUCCUCUCAUCCCAAUGUUUGUAGCUAGUGACACUGUAAAUGAAUUCAAGAGUGAGGAUGGAGCUGUACAUGUCAUUGAAAGACGUUGUAAACUGGAUAUAGAUGCACCACGAUUGCUGAAAAAGAUUGCAGGAGUAGAUUAUGUUUACUUUGUCCAGAAGAAUUCCUUGAACAGGCGAGACCGAACUUUGCACAUAGAGGCCUACAACGAAACUUUCUCUAACAGGGUCAUCAUUAAUGAGCACUGCUGUUACACGGUUCACCCUGACAAUGAAGACUGGACCUGUUUUGAACAGUCUGCGAGCCUAGACAUCAAAUCUUUCUUUGGCUUUGAAAGCACAGUGGAAAAGAUUGCCAUGAAACAAUACACCAGCAAUAUUAAAAAGGGAAAAGAAAUAAUAGAGUAUUACCUGAAGCAGCUGGAGGAGGAAGGGGUAACAUUUGUUCCCCGUUGGACUCCUGAUGCAUGUAAAUUGGAGAAGAGCACAUCUCUCACAGGCCGGCCAGUUUCCCCUGCUAUCAACAUACCAGAUACUGCCACAAAGGAGGGGCUGAACAAUAAGGAGAUUCUCAACACCUCCAGCAGUCCAUCAGAACCAACAGCAGGGACACCUGAUGACAAGCUGGAUGCAGACUACAUCAAGCGCUAUCUGGGUGACUUGACACCAAUGCAAGAAAGCUGCCUCAUUCGACUUCGACAGUGGCUCCAGGAGACUCACAAGGGCAAAAUUCCAAAGGAUGAACAUAUAUUACGAUUCUUACGUGCCCGAGACUUCAAUAUUGACAAAGCCAGAGAGAUCCUUUGCCAAUCACUAACAUGGCGGAAACAGCACCAAGUAGACUAUAUUCUGGAUACCUGGAAUCCUCCUCAAGUUCUGCAAGAUUUCUAUGCAGGAGGCUGGCAUCACCAUGACAAAGAUGGGCGCCCGCUAUAUGUGUUGAGGUUGGGACAGAUGGAUACCAAAGGCUUAGUACGAGCUCUUGGGGAAGAAGCCUUGCUUCGUUAUGUUCUCUCUAUAAAUGAAGAAGGACUGAGGCGAUGUGAAGAAAAUACGAAAGUAUUUGGCAGGCCUAUAAGCUCGUGGACCUGUCUGGUGGAUCUGGAGGGUUUGAACAUGCGCCAUUUGUGGAGACCUGGUGUCAAAGCUUUACUGAGGAUCAUUGAAGUGGUUGAAGCCAAUUACCCUGAAACAUUGGGUCGUCUUCUCAUCCUGCGUGCCCCCAGGGUUUUCCCAGUCCUUUGGACACUGGUUAGUCCAUUCAUUGAUGACAACACUAGAAAAAAAUUCCUGAUUUAUGCAGGGAAUGACUAUCAAGGUCCUGGGGGGCUUCUGGAUUACAUCGAUAAAGAAAUUAUCCCAGAUUUUCUUGGCGGAGAGUGUAUGUGUGAAGUUCCAGAGGGUGGGCUGGUUCCCAAGUCUCUAUACCGGACUGCAGAAGAGUUGGAAAAUGAAGACCUAAAACUGUGGACCGAAACAAUCUAUCAGUCUGCAAGCGUCUUCAAAGGAGCUCCACAUGAGAUUCUCAUUCAGAUUGUGGAUGCUUCAUCUGUAAUUACCUGGGAUUUUGAUGUGUGUAAAGGCGACAUUGUUUUUAACAUCUAUCACUCCAAAAGAGCUCCUCAGCCUCCUAAAAAAGAAUCUCUUGGAGCCCAUAGCAUUACAUCUCCUGGUGGGAACAAUGUACAGCUGAUAGACAAAGUCUGGCAGUUAGGGCGUGAUUACAGCAUGGUAGAGUCACCACUCACCUGCAGAGAAGGCGAGAGUGUGCAGGGGUCACAUGUGACUAGAUGGCCAGGCUUCUAUAUUCUCCAGUGGAAAUUUCAUAGCAUGCCUGCAUGUGCUACAACUAGCCUGCCUCGUGUGGAUGAUGUACUGGCAUCUCUACAGGUCUCCUCCCAUAAGUGCAAAGUGAUGUACUAUACAGAAGUAAUAGGAUCAGAAGACUUCAGAGGAUCUAUGACCAGCCUUGAAUCAAGCCACAGCGGGUUCUCCCAGCUCAGUGCUGCCACAACUUCUUCCAGCCAGUCCCACUCCAGCUCCAUGAUUUCCAGAUGGCGAUUUUGCUGACAGCUGUAAAGAAACUGCUUCAUUCAACAAUCCACAUCUGUCCAGAGGUGUCUGGCUUUAUAGACCUUUUUGACUUGCAGUCACUUUUCAAGUCUGAAGAUGUAUCUUUUUUUUUUUCCAGUUGGCUCAAAAGUGGCAAUUGCGAGGGGUAUUUUUUUCUUUUACCCUCCCCCGUAAGUCUAAUGCAUCUUUAAGAGCUCAAAGCACAUGACAGCACAAACAGUUAAACUACCAGAGAAGCAAAAUUUAACUCUUCCUAGUGAAGUGCUAUGGCAAAUAUGACUUGAUUAUGCAGUUUGAAAUAGACCUGAUGAAUUUCAAUACCCUUGACUUUUUAAUGUGGGAUCGCUGUUCUUUUCUGCCAGCAGUGACCAUCCUGUUGACUUUUUUUAUCCCUGCAUUACUGGUCUCCUUUCCAUACUCCUCUCUGUAUUCAUGAAUUGAAUUGCAUAUCCAAUUCUGUAAAUGUUUUGUAAACAUAUUACCUCACUCUUGGUAAUGAGAUACUGAUAGUCUUUAAAAGAUUUUUUUAUUGUUAUCAAUAAUAAAUGUGAACUGGUUUAAAAA